AUGUGAAAAUUGAAGGUGCCAUCCAGAUUGUUUAAAAAAUAAUAAACAUUUGUUUUUAUUAAUAGUAAAAUGUAAAAAUAAAAAAUACUUUAAUAAUAUGAUGUUCAAACAGUGACACUAAUUUCACACAAACACAACAUGAUAAUAUAAAAUUUGUUGCAUGGAGCAUUUGUAAGAAAGUGAUGAAGAAGACGUGGUAGGCAUAUUCUCUGGGGAAAGGGCUAUCUGGAAACAUGGAGUGGCAACUGGGGAUGAAGGAAGUUGAUAUUAAGAAAAUCAUCCAAUAUGAGCCCGAACAGUAUAUGGAGUCUUUGUUUGGUCUCAAAAGAACUUCCUUUAAAUUCAACAUUUGCUAUCAUAUGAUAAAAGAGGAAUAACAACAGCAAAUAUGGAUAGCCGAUUGUUUUUUGGCCUUUUAGGGAAGCGUAAGCUAAGUAAACUUGCACAUUUGGGGGAAUCGGCAUGCAGGAAUUUAUUUUCAUCCCGCCAAACAUUUUUGGAAAGGAAGAUAUUAAGCUGCAUAAAAAAGCAAAAUUCCAUCAAUCUGAGUACAAAUAGCAGUAGUUACAGAAAAUUUUUAAAGGGUGGUAGUAUUCUACAAAUAAAUGCUACAGAAGAAUUGGGAAGAAAGUACAGCGGCACGUAUGACUUGAUAAGAAAUCUUAUGAAAACAGAAGAUGCAAGUGGAAAGUGUAGUGUUGUGCACCCUUUGGCAAAACAAAUAGAAUGCUGCCAAGAAUCAAGUUGCUCUUUGAAGUGUUGUGUUAUGCGACCAUGCUGCCCAUCAAUAUCAAGAGCAAAGUCUACCUGCUGUUUUACCAUAAAGCCUAAAUGUUGUUCACCCCCACCAUGUUGCCCACCAAAAUGCCCUCCACCUUGUUGCCCACCACCAGAGAAUUGCUGCCCACCACCAGAGAAUUGCUGCCCACCACCAUGUCCUCCAAAAUGCUGCCCACCACCGUGCCCACCAAAAUGUUGCACACCACCACCAUGUUGCCCUCCAAAAUGCUGCCCACCACCGUGCCCACCAAAAUGUUGCACACCACCACCAUGUUGCCCACCACCUUGCCCUCCAAAAUGUUGCCCACCACCACCAUGCCCUCCAAAGUGCUGCCCACCACCACCAUGUUGCCCACCUCCAUGCCCUCCCAAAUGCUGUCCACCACCGUGCCCUCCAAAAUGUUGCCCACCACCAUCAUGUUGCCCACCUUCAUGCCCUCCUCCCCCAUGUCCUCCAAAAUGUUGCCCCCCUCCUCCAUGUUGCCCUCCAAAAUGCCCUUCAUCAUGUUGCACACCUCCACCAUGCCCUCCAAAAUGUUGCCCACCACCACCACCACCACCUUGCCCUCCCCCUCCAUGUUGCCCACCAAAAUGCCCUCCCCCUCCAUGUUGCCCACCAAAAUGCCCUCCCCCUCCAUGUUGCCCACCAAAAUGCCCUCCCCCUCCAUGUUGCCCACCAAAAUGCCCUCCCCCUCCAUGUUGCCCACCAAAAUGCCCUCCCCCUCCAUGUUGCCCACCAAAAUGCCCUCCCCCUCCAUGUUGCCCACCAAAAUGCCCUCCCCCUCCAUGUUGCCCACCAAAAUGCCCUCCUCCUCCAUGUUGCCCACCAAAAUGCCCUCCCCCUCCAUGUUGCCCACCAAAAUGCCCUCCUCCUCCAUGUUGCCCACCACCACCAUGUUGCCCGCCAAAAUGCCCUCCACCAAAAUGUUGCCAUGUACCAAAAACCACAGAAUGUUGUCCACUUCCGAAAGGUCGUCCACCAUGUAAACCACCUCCAAGAUUUUGUUCACAAUGCUACUCUCUUACAACAAGAUGCCCUUCAUGCUGUCAAGUUUCAAGAUGCCAUUCAACAAGUACCAUACUAAGUAGCACACUGGCAUCCUCUUCUAGUAAAAUCGAGCCCAAACUUGACAUAGUUUGAUUAAACAACGGAAAUUAAACAUUCUCUCUAGAAAUUCUAUAAAAAAUGGUGAUAAUAAAAAUACUACUACAUAAUUUUCACACGAGAUCGGAGUUACAACUAAAAUGGAAUAAUAUGAAGAAAUAUGUAAAAAAAGAUAUUAUAAUGAGGAAGUAAAAUUUAAAUAAAAAAGAUACAAAAUUUUCAAGAAAAGAAGACUUUUAAAAAACACCCUUAUCACAGUGUGUUUGAAAACUGACACCAAAUAAACACAUAAGUGGAAAUUA